UCGCCGACCACAUGUUUGCCAGAUUUGCAGCAAAGCAUUUUCCCAGUCAAGCAGUUUAAGCAAGGCAUGGAUUUUACUUUAUUAAGCUUUAACUUCUUGUUAAAGCAUAUGCGCACUCAUUCUGGAGAACGCCCCUAUAAAUGUCCUCAUUGUGAAAAGGCAUUCACUGCUAGUUCGAUUCUACGAACUCACAUACGUCAACACAGUGGCGAAAAACCAUUUAAGUGCACAGUUUGCGGCAAAAGUUUUGCUUCGCAUGCUGCGCAUGAUAGUCACAUGCGGAGAAGUCAUCAUAAUGGUUAA